AUGUCAAAAUUAGAAAAAGGUAUAAUGAAAGAGAAAAAACUUCCAGACGAUGUGGAAAAUUCAGUAAUAGUUAAGGAUGAAAACGUUAAAACUGAACAAAUAAAUUAUUGGUGUCAUGAUGAAAAUUUACAGUAUAUAAAAGAUGAAAACAUUAAAAUUGAAAAAUUACAUUCAGAAUUGUUAAUUAAAGAUGAACACAAUUUUUCACAUAAACGAAUUCAUAGCGGAAGGAAACCUUUUACGUGUGAUGUUUGUGAAAAGACAUUUGCUUGGGAAGUUAGUUUACUUCAUCAUAAACUAACGCACAAUGGAAAAACACAAUAUUCUAGUUGUAACGUAAAACCCGUUGAGCAAAUCAGUUCAGUUGAACACAAACGAAUUCAUAAUGCAGAAAAAUCAUAUUUUUGUGAUGUUUGUAACGAUAAAUUUGACCAGGAAAAUAGUUUGAUUGCACAUCAACGACUUCACAGCGGAGAAAAGGAAAAACGUCAUACGUGUAAUGUUUGCAAUAAACCAUUUGCUUAUAAAUGGUUAUUACUUCAACAUAAACAACACACACAUUUAUGCGAUGUUUGUGAUAAAGAAUUUGUUUUUAAAAAUAGUUUAAUUGAACAUAAACGGAUCCAUAAUAUUUGUGAUAUUUGUGAUGCAACAUUUGUUUUUAAAAGCACUUUGAUUGCUCAUAAACGGAUGCAUCAUAUUGAUGAAGAUAAUUUUUCAUUUACUGUUGCUAAUACUUUAGUAUUAAAAGAAAACUCCGAAACUUCAGAAACAAAUUGUUCUUUUCAAGAGAAAAACAUUAUACCAUGUAUUAGUGAUGAAAACUUUAAAACAGAACAAUUUCAUUCGGAACAUAUUGUUGAAGAUGAAACUAAAACAUUUAAUGACGAAAAAUUUGAUAAACAAAGCAAUUUAGUUGAGGAUAACAGUUUAGUUGAUCAUAAUGGGGAAAAACCAUAUUCUUGUGAUGUUUGUAACGAAAAAUUUGACCAGGAAAGUAGUUUAAUUGAGCAUAAAACAGUUCAUGAUGCAGAAACAAAUGAAUAUGAUAAAAAUCUAUAUUCCUGUGAUUGUUUAUAA